CGCCAUUUUGUUACGUUUUAUUUCUAAACGCAUCCCCCACCAUAUUGAAAACAACCGAAGGUCGACGCUGAUCUCGAUCGCGACGAAGUGUUCUUUGGUUAGGUUAUUAGCUACGUUUUUAACGUCUUCUACCGUAACAUGAUUUCAGUAAUUAAAUAAAAAGUUUAAAAGCUGAAUAAAAUGGAUGUUGGUGGUGAUUUAACUCUACAAUGGGUGGAAGAAGUAGGAAAUGUAGAACUCCACGAGGAAGUAAUAUGCGAUCUAGAAGCACAAUUGGUUGCUACAGAAGAAGAGGUCAUUGGUGCUUGCGAGGAAGUGGCAGUAGAAGAAACUGUCGAAUCUGUCCCUGAUGUAGCAUCUACAACAGAGUCUGAAAUAUUAAUGGUACCUCAGUCUAGCGAUAUGGAGUCUAUUUAUAUUGUGCCACAAGAUCAAGGUCAUGACUAUUUGAACAUACAAGUCACAGAAGAAGUAAUAGCUGAUAAUUGGAAUAGACAAGGCCCAGAUGACGGAGUCGAGAUUCCAGAAGCAAAGGUAACACAUGACAAUUUGCUGGAAUAUGAUGACAUGGAGAUACCACUGCCAAUCAAUCAGGACUCGAAUAUCAACAUCCGACCAUAUCCGUGCGACUUCUGUAGCCGUAGAUUCCGGAAGAAAGCAAAUCUAAUGAACCACAUGGUGGCGCAUCAAACGGACCGUCCACAUAGCUGUAAUUUAUGUGGAGCACGAUAUGUACGCAAAUGUGAUUUAAAUAAUCACCUGAAGAUCCAUGCGUAUGCCCCAUCGUCGCGGGACAGUUUGGAGGACGAGAUAAAUGACGAGGACUCCUUGGUACCAGAGGAGGAGGAUAUGACAACAACUGUCAAAGGCAGACGUAAAAAAGUACAAUCAAGUGUGCCACGCAAGCGAAAAGGCAAUAACGUAGGUUUGCCAAAACGACACAACAUUGAGGAUGCUAGUAGAGUCAAGAUGGAGAUGGGCAACAAUUACGCAUCCAGUUCAAGGUGGCAUGAGGAGAUGUCUGUCACCAGCGAGCAGCAGCCGCCGAGAUGGCCAGUCACUGAUCCUACUAAACCCUAUGUUUGCCAGUUUUGUGGCGUUGGUUUUGCAAGAGAGAAGGCGUUGGCUUCACAUGCGCGUGUUCACGGCGGUGAUAGUCCAUUUGAAUGCACCUCUUGUGGCGAAAUGUUUUGGGAUAUUAACAGCCUGCAAGAACACUUUCGCGUCAAACAUGGUGGCACUAUACCGCAAUCUGAUACGGAAGAAUACGACAAUGAUACCGCUUACACGAGCGAGGAAAGAUUUGGCGAGUUUUAUUGUAACACCUGCGCUGCACCAUUUCAUCGUCUGGAUUUACUUAAGCGACAUCAAAAAACUCAUAUUAAGCAAGAAAUGGAUACAAUAGAGAGUUCCAGUCAACAUCACGUAUGUAAUGUUUGCGGUGAAUGGUUCGAAGAGGCAUUGGCACUGUUAGCACAUGCAGAACUUCAUGCUAGAUCUCCUAGUCGUCGUUGUUUACUGUGUGGAGCGAGAUGUCGUGACGAUGCUGACGUAGCAGAACAUGUACGACAAUAUCACGCUGAGGAUGCGCCACCGAAUACGUGCACACUCUGUGGAAAGACAUGCAAAGAUAAGCGUAGCUUAUUGAAGCAUUCAUGGGUCCACAAUGUUGAUAAAACCUUCGGUUGUACCAAAUGCGGAAAACGCUUUCAUAGCAAAGCCAGAUUGCGAAGACACAUGGUAUCACACCGUAAUAAAAUGGUAGCUUGUGAUGAAUGCGGUGAAGAGUUUCCAGACGGACGAGCUCUCGUGAGCCAUCGUCAUUCGCAUAAUAAGGAUCUGGGUGGCCGUUCCUUCCCGUGCCGUGAAUGCGGCAAGACCUUCGGCAGCCGCAGCUCACAACAGAUUCAUAUACGUAUUCAUACAGGCGAAAGACCAUAUGGUUGUCGGUUUUGUUGGAAGGCAUUUGCCGAUGGUGGCACUUUGAGAAAGCACGAACGUAUUCACACUGGCGAGAAGCCCUACGGUUGCGCCAUUUGUCCUCGAGCUUUUAAUCAGAGAGUGGUCCUUAGAGAGCAUGUGCGCGCUCAUCAUUCUGGACCAGAUCCUAAAUGCGUAGGUAGCGCGACGCCAUUUUUAUGUAAGGUAUGCGGUGAAGCAUACGGCACCUCUGAGGAAAUAGUAGCUCAUAUUGUGCAGCAUUGCGAUGACAACACAGCGUUAAGGCGUCAGCCGCAAACCGGGCCACGCAAGUAUAAAAGAAGACGCAAGCUGAAACCUCAUGAGACCAAUACAAUAUUGCGCAGAAACGAGUUGUACGACAUUAUAGAAGGUGGUGAUGGUGAUGGCGGCGAUGGCAGUGUUGGAAUUGGAAUUGGCGAUGGCGGUGGCGGAGGCGGUGGCGGUAGCGAUGGCGAUGGCGAUGGUUGUGGCGGUGGCAGUGGCGGUGGCGGUGGCGAUGGCGGUGGCGGUGGUGGUGGUGGUGGUGGUGGCAGUGCCAGCGGUGGUAACGGAGGUUCUGAUUCUGAAGAAAAUAUGAAACGGAAACUUGGUCGUAAAAACAAACAACAUAGAUCCAAUGUUGAGGAAGGCUAUCAGAAUGUGUUGAAAAGUUUUGAAAGUUCGCUGCAGAAUAUAAACUCAAUCGUUAGUAACUCUAAAUUGAAUACAUCAAAGUCGAAACUUUCAAAAAAAAAGUUGCGCAAAGAGGAAAAGAAAAGUGAGACGCAGGCGUCGAAUCAAUCAGGCCGACCGAAAAUGAUCCACACGCAAAAGACGCGAGUGCCGGUGGAGGUAGGUAGCGACGGCGUAAAAAAGGGACAGAAAACAAAAACAAUGGUGACACGAACGCCGAAAGUCAUGCCAAAUGAACACAAAGUAGGAAUUUUUCCGAGCGGUGAGCGGAAUCGACCACGUACUAAAAAUGUUAGUUACCAUAUUGAGGGCAAACAGCAACUCUCACCGGCGACAUUCUCAAAGAUGAAGGAGGAAGUAGAUUCAACGUCGACACAACAGCAGCAACAAUCGCAGCAGCAACUAUUGCUGGCUAACAUUAAGGUUGAAUUAGGCACACAAAAAAUAGCGCCUACAGGUGACAGUCACAGGAAUAAUAACGGUAAUAUGCUUGCUCUUGUCAAGAAUGAUUCGCAGACGAAGAAGAAAUCAACUGCCUUAAAGAAAUCUAAAAGACAGAAACAUAUAAUAAAACAAGAACGCUCGGAUACAUCCGAGUCAGGUAUAGAAGAACAGGAACAGCAACAACAUCAAGAGCAUCACUUACAAUUACGAAACAACAACAGUGUGAUGGAAAACAGAAGUGCUCAUGCACGAAUGAUGGAGCAUGCAAUGGAUGGCAGUAACUUAGAAGUGGCCUUUGAGGCGAGCGUCGUAACUGCAGAAGGCCAUGAGGAUGAGGACGACGAUGAGGAAGAGGAGAGCAUUUUGCCUGACACCGGGGAAGAAAUCGGCAAUGGAGAUGUUAAACUCAGUGUGAAGGUGGAAUCAGCACCACAACGGAUGCUGGCUGUUCAUAGUGUUAUCACACCGGUAGAUGAUGUUCCAGAGACGAUAAUACCGGACGCUGUGGAAUAUACAUGCGAAAUGUGUGCGGCAGUGUUUUCAAGCCGCGCAGAGUUAUUGGUCCAUGUACCGAUACACAUUUGAUUUGAUUUAAUUUGUCCAAGUUGAUCAGCAUAGAGGUUUGUUCUACUUUAAGAAUACUUAUUUAAUCAAAUCGGAUACCUUUAUCACAAUCGAUAAGGGUUGUUAUUUCCCAGGAAACAACAACAGUCGUUGGUUUUCAUUAAUCUAUCCUAUUUCUUCCGCGUUUCCAUCUUCCUUUCUACUUACUAUAUCGUUCUUUCAAGCGUAAUGAUUUUAUCUACCACCCAUUAUGCCGUCAGCUGCAUUUUCCGAAUUUUUGUGUUUCGCGUGGUAAUGGAAGGUUUAUACUAGAUGAAUAAUAAGAAACAAAACACUUAAUAUCUCUGUUAAGUUUGAAGAUAGAUAAAAAUAUCUAAGACGCACUGUUUAAAGAGGUAAAUUGUAUAAUAUAAAGAACGUUCCUUUUCUAAAUUUCAAGAUCGUUUUUUAUGGAAUUAUCGUUUUCUUUUUGUUUUAAAUCAACUUUACUUACCAGUUUGCAUAUAAAAGUAAUAAAAUUACCGAAAAAUAAAUAUUUUGCAAAAUAUUUCAUAUUUUAUUUUAUGAUACUUCUUGAUAUAAAAUAUGAAAUAUUUUAUGAAAUAUUUGUAUUUUAUCUUAAUACUAUUAUUUAUAU